AAACAUACUCUCUCUGUAUAUCCUUCACUAUACUACUAGUUACCAAAACCAAUGAACCAUACCCACAACACAAAUCCCAUAUAAGAUCCUCUCUCUCUCUCCUACCUCCCUCCCUCUCUCCCUCUCUCUCUCUCUCUCUCUCUCUUUGCAAGGGAAAAUGUCCAACAUCUUAUGGAAACACUUCUACCUCUGCCUCUCAAAACUCAAGUGCUUCCCCACAUGCCUACCCCCACCCCUACCUUCACAACAACAAGAUGACACCACCCUUCAGCCACCAACCCCCCUAGCCAAAACCUUCGAUACUCCUCUCCCCAACACCACCGCCGCCGCCGCCUCCAACCUCUCCGCCACCUCCUCCUUCUUCUCCUCCUCCUCCGACUCCUCCUCCGACGACACCGAUCCCCACCUCUCCCCUCCCGACUUCGCCGCCCUCUUCGCCUCCCACCGCUUCUUCUUCCCGUCCCCCGGCCACUCCAACUCUAUUGUCGUCCCGGACCCGGAUCAUAACCCGGACCCACUUGUCGCCGGCGGAGUCGCCAUUGAGACGGAAUCGCCGGACUUGGACCCGGACCCGAACCCAAUGGUCGCGGGCGGAGUCGCCGUGGAUACAGACUCGCCAGAUCCUUAUUGGGAUUUCCGGCGGUCGAUGCAGGAAAUGGUGGAUGCGCGCCAGUUGUUCGACGUGAAGGCUGACUGGGACUAUUUGCACGAACUUCUCUUGUGUUAUCUCUCUUUAAACCCGAAACACACCCACGAGUUCAUUUUCGGUGCUUUUUCGGACCUUCUGGUUUCACUCGUGUCGUCGAAUUCGACCGGUAGUUGUCGCCGGAAACCCGAAAGCCACCGUGGAGUCGCCGUUUCACGGCAGUUGUAAAUUUUUUCUUCUCCUUUUUGCCUUUUGGGUAGGUCAUAUAUACGGAUAGCCCUUCAUGUUUUCCUCGGGUUUCGACUUGGUCCUCUUCCUUUUAGGUAUUGCACGUUGGGCUUUAAUUUUAUAUUUUGCGUCAAAUUAGACAAAUGACGGUGGUCGUCCACAAUUUGUCAGAAGUUGGUCACGUCCGAUUCAAAUUGCUAGUAAAGUGUUCUUAGAGUUUCGGAAGAAUUCCCUCUAAUUACGAGAAGUUAUUUCUUUGCUCGAUUCAAAUUGCUAGUAAAGUGUCCUUAGAGUUUCGGAAGAAUUCCCUCUAAUUACGAGAAGUUAUUUCCUUGCUCUGUAAAGCGUAAGUAACUCGUAAGUGUAGACUCUAUACAUCAUGUGAUUGACCACAUGCAUGUCUGCUAAAGUUGUUUUGUCAAUGCCCCACGAAAAAUUCUUGUCUGAGGUAGUGGGAGUUCAAUUUAAAGACUCAGAUUACUUGGGGACUCCUCCACCAGGCUUUUUAGCAAACUACGUAACCAGAAAGAGGGUGAAGUCCGUGCACAAAAGUUCUGCAAGCUAACAUGGCAUAUUCCAGCUUGAGACUGCACAGUGCUUUGGCCCAUGUGACGUGCUUGCGAGCUACUCGGUAACGGAAGUUCGGACAACGGCCUUCGGUUUUCUUGAUUUGGUGCGAAAUGGGAAAAAAAUCGGAGGCCGAAUAUGCUACAGUUGAAAUUUUUGAGGAGGAGCCAACUGAUGCCGGUAAAACCAAUGAGCCAUUAGUGUGAUUUUCUCUUUCUUCUUUCUUUGUGGCUUGUCCGUGGAAUUGCCCUUUGGUUUUUUGGUGAGAAGAAAAGUGUUCCAUCCAACGAGACAAAAGUGGAAAGCUUUGUGAGAUGACAAAACCAAGGGAGGCGUGGCCUCGGUGCAUGUAAUUUUUCUGACUUAUUGUGUAAUAAUGUAUCGUAAAGAUGUAGGGUUUACUAUGUGUUUUUUGGGGCGAAUCUUCUAGGGAAAUGCUUAUAUAACGUCUUAAUGUUUGAUGGAAAGUAAUUUUCACACUCCUCUUUUAUUU